GGCGUCUGGAGAAGCCAAUGAGUGGCCAGUGUUUGAAUAGGGUGGAUGAAGGGGCGGGGUUUCUCCAUAGUCGUCGUGCGAGGUGAGGAACGACUGUCGGGGUCGCUGUUACGGGAGGCGGCGAGGGAGGCCGUGUGGGGCCCUGGGUCCGAGCUCGCCCGCCAUGUCGCUGCACGGCAAGCGCAAGGAGAUCUACAAGUACGAGGCGCCAUGGACCGUCUACGCCAUGAACUGGAGCGUCAGGCCUGACAAGCGCUUCAGGCUCGCGUUGGGGAGCUUCGUGGAAGAGUACAAUAACAAGGUUCAGCUUGUUGGGCUAGAUGAGGAAAGCUCUGAAUUCAUUUGCAGGAACACUUUUGAUCACCCAUAUCCCACUACCAAGCUUAUGUGGAUCCCAGACACCAAAGGGGUUUAUCCGGACCUCUUAGCAACCAGUGGUGACUACCUGCGUGUUUGGAGAGUGGGUGAAACAGAGACCAGGUUAGAGUGUUUGCUAAACAACAAUAAGAAUUCUGACUUUUGUGCUCCAUUGACAUCUUUUGAUUGGAAUGAAGUGGAUCCUUAUCUACUGGGCACUUCUAGUAUUGACACAACUUGCACAAUCUGGGGUUUGGAGACAGGUCAGGUCUUGGGAAGAGUGAAUCUGGUGUCGGGCCAUGUCAAGACUCAGCUGAUUGCCCAUGACAAAGAGGUAUACGAUAUUGCAUUCAGCCGUGCAGGAGGUGGGAGAGACAUGUUCGCUUCUGUUGGUGCUGAUGGUUCAGUGAGGAUGUUUGACCUGCGGCACCUGGAGCACAGCACUAUUAUCUAUGAAGAUCCUCAGCACCACCCAUUGCUCCGCCUUUGCUGGAAUAAGCAGGACCCUAAUUAUCUUGCAACAAUGGCAAUGGAUGGCAUGGAGGUGGUGAUUCUAGAUGUUAGAGUCCCUUGUACACCUGUUGCCAGGUUGAAUAAUCACAGAGCAUGUGUAAAUGGCAUUGCUUGGGCUCCCCACUCCUCUUGUCAUAUCUGCACAGCAGCGGAUGACCAUCAAGCUCUCAUUUGGGAUAUCCAGCAAAUGCCUCGUGCUAUUGAGGACCCAAUCUUGGCUUAUACAGCAGAAGGAGAAAUCAACAAUGUACAGUGGGCAUCAACUCAGCCGGACUGGAUAGCAAUCUGUUACAACAACUGUCUGGAAAUACUAAGAGUGUAAAAAUGGCUGUGCUGCAGGAGAGAUGGAGCAGGAUGGCAGUCUUUCUCCUCACUUAUAAAGUUAAAAACAAAACUCCAUCUAAAUGGUGCCACUUGUUCUAGGAAGGCUUGCAACUGGAAUUGUUGGUUUGUUACUAAUAUUUUUCCUCUUCUCUCCCCCACUCCCUGAUUUAAAAGUUUCAGAAGUGUACUGAGCCUUUUAGGUUCUUAAUAAUUCUUUCAACUGAAGCAAUGUAUAUAUGACAGCCACAUGUUAUGACACUGACUGGCUAUUAACACCUUGAAAGAAAUCAUUCUGAUGAUGCUGUUAAAUGCCUGAAUAUUGUUCAAAAUUCUAGUGAUUGGAUACCAAGCUAACUUUCAGUAAAGAACUAUUUUCUACUUCUUCCUCUGUUCUCUUCCCCUAUGUCCUCGUCUUAUUUUUAUUGAUACUAGUGAUGAACCUUGUAAGGGCUUCUUCUGUAAUUAAAGAUCUAGUACUGUCAAAACUAUAUACAAGAAAUUGAGUGUUAUAGCAGCUCUUGCAGGAACACAAAAGAUCUAACAACUGAGCUGGCUCCUCUUUUCUCCCUAUCUUCUCCAAAUCUAGUACACCAGUAAUGUCAUUAAGAUGAUGUUACACUCUCCUUACCGCCCCCUCAACCCCACACACAGAGCAAGCUUUAAUUUAGUAUGCCAUGGUAACCUGGUCAUUGGGAAAUAAACUAUUUCCUGGUUUCAUUUCCUUUCCUCAUUUCCCCCCAUGCAGAGUCCUCCAAAUAAAAGCAGCGUGUAAUGGUGUGGAUAUGUAGAUGCCUAUCUAGCCUCUAAGCAGAGAAAUGAACUCUAGUUUGUGUGUGUGUCCCACCCCAUUACGUUCCUCGCUAAAAGUAGGAAGCCAAGCCACAGAUAAUACUACUGACCCAUAAGAGACAGUAAUCCUUUCCCAAGACAAGUUUUGCUUUCACCCUUCUAAGACUGUCUUUUAUCCCAGGGCUCUUUAUUUUGGCAAAGAGAUGUAUCCAGCAUAAUGCAAAAUUCUUUCCCUAUAGUAUAUGAAAAAUGCUUAGUUUAAAUGUUGACACUUGUAUACACUAUGAUGGCACUGUUUUUCUUAGAACAUUCAUAUAUGACCAGACACACAUAAUUCACUAUAAAAUACUCACUUUUCUCUUACUGAGAUGCCUCAUACUGCUGUUUCAAUGCACACUGAGGCUUCAGUAAUGCCAGUUGUUUGUUGUGGUACCUUUUUGCAACAUUAAACAUGAAUGUAUUUGUGUCUAUGUACCUCUCUGAAGUUCUCAUAGGAUGGUCAUGCUGGCUUCCCCAAAGAUCAGAGAGAAGGCAAAAAAUGGUUGCAUAUCAGACCAUUUCUCUUCUAGAGCUCAUGAAGCACUAAGAUGAGGGAGGUGUGGCAAAAAGACCCUUUCUUGCCCCACCAUCAGUGUUGUACAUCAUGAGAUGAAAGGAAAAGUAGCAAACCUAUCACAUACUUAUUUUAUAGUACUUAGUCAGUGUUGCGAAAACUUGGUAACUGCUAAAUGUCUAAACAGUACUCUUGCUGAAGUUAAACUAAGUGUGAAAGAAAAUGAAUUGUCCAUCUCUCUCUCACCCCUUGCUAACACUUCUAGUAGGAAAAGAAGUUAUAGUCCCACAGAAAUAAAAAAGGUAGAUUCACUCAAAAUGUUCCAGUUCACCUUGUUUGUAUAGGUUGAACAGAGUUGAUCUGAGGCACUUGUGCCAGAGGCAUGUGGUAAACCAAGGAUGUACACAGCGAAGGGGCAAAGACUUACAUGCCUAGAAUGCACUUGCAAAGCAAUGUUAGAAAGUGUUGGGUUUUUGAUCAAGUGAUAAAUACGAGUUUGUGGUAUCUCAAAAGGAACAAAGAUGUCCGUGUACAGGAUAUUAAUCUGAACUGAAACUUUUUUACUAACCAAUAGUAAACUGUAAGAUGUUGGCUUAUGUUGUGUACUCCCUCUGUUGUGACGAUUUCCUAAAAGUGUGAACUUCGUAGCAUGGCUGUAUAAAAGUUCCAGACUCCUUGUUCUUUCAAAUAAGCAAUAGUGACUUGCAUUCUGUUUUUUGGUCUAGGAUGUUGCAUAUAUUUUCUUAUUCAAUAUUGUUUUGCAAAGUUGUUAAUGCACUAGAUUUAAUCUUACCUUUUAUGUGACAUACAGUGGUUAACUUGUUGCAAUAUUCCCUUUUUAUUUUUAUGGAGAAAUUAUAAUGAAAUUGACUCUAUCUUGGUUUUGAACACCUAAUUUCUGAAAUUGUAUUGAAACUCUGUAAAAAGUUUAAAGGUUUUUUAAAAAGGUUGAAGUAGAAUGCUGGAAUUUUUAAAAUGUUGAACUUGCUUCCUGUGUAGACUUUAGCUGGUUUCAUUCCCUUUGUGUUCUGCCUUUUCUUACAUUUUAAUAAAAUUGAACAUUUCUAAA